CCGCGUCGCGUGAACCGAAGCGAAGCGAAGCCCGGCCUGGGUUUGCCACCACCAGAUAACCCUGCCCACAUGGUCCCUCCCCCACGUACUCCCACUGUAUAUUCACUUCGCCGCUUGGCGUCCGUCCGUCCAGGCGCAACGCACGCGCGCGCACGGAAGCCAGACGAGUUCACGUAGGCGGCUGGCCUAGCGAUGGCGCAGCGAGACGCGCGUGGCGCGGAGGCCAAGGCGCCCGGCGGUCGGGGGAGGAGGCACGUCGCCCUGGAGAUGGGCGGCGGUGAGCGGGCGGAGCGGGAGGCGAGGGCGACGUGGGCGUGCGUUGCGGCGGCGGCGGCUGUUGCGGGUGUGGGCCUCGCGGGGGCCGGGGUGCUGGUGUGGUGGGCGGUGGCGUUCCACCCGGCGCAAGAGCAGCUCUGGAUGGUGCCCGUCGGCCUCAUCCUCCUCGGCACGCCGCUCAUCGGCUGGCUCUCCCUCUUCGCCUCCGGCGCGUGCCGCUGGCUGGGGCGCCUCCGCGCCGGCGCUGACCAGCCCCCCGCCGUGGUCCCCGAGAGAUGAUCGAAGCGCGGGCGGCGGCAGCGAGAGCGCUCGGGGUGCAUGCAGAUUAAGCGGAACUGGUUGGCUGUACAUUUUUUUCUAGAUUUUUUUCCUUUUUAAUUUCCCAUGUUCUUCGUGUGGUCAUUUCGUGUGGUCAUUUCAGAUGACCGGGAUGUGAGCAGAGUGAGAGUGGAAUCUAAAGAACAGUUUGGUAGCACUACUACACUACCGCACUGAUUACAGUUGCUUUGAUAUGUUGCGCAGAUAAGUUUGGCUGUCACAUAAGCAUUGUUUGAAAGGCGGGAUUUCUAUUUAAAUACAAAAUCCUACGGAAUUCCCGCGCGGAAUUUCCAUUUAAAUACAAAAAUCCUACGGAAUUCCUGCGUUCAUGAAUUCUCCUUAUACAAUGUAUUUGGGUUUGGGAGGCUAAAACAAAUUCUUUGUGGGUGAAUUUUUUGGACUACCGGACAGUG